ACGGAGGCAGGUUAGUCAUGGGGAAGACAGGUGGAAGAGGCGACUUUGAAUGGGUCUACAAUGACCAGCCGCACACUUCGAGACGAAAAGAAAUUCUGGCCAAAUAUCCAGAGAUCAAGUCUCUGAUGGGUCCGGAUCCCCAGCUGAAGUGGAUAGUAUCGGGCAUGGUCCUAACCCAGCUCCUGGCCUGCUACCUGGUCCAUGACCUCUCCUGGAAGUGGAUCUUCUUCUGGGCUUAUGCCUUCGGAGGCUGCAUUAACCACUCCCUGACUCUGGCUAUCCACGACAUCUCUCACAACGUGGCCUUUGGCAACAAGCUGGCGAAGUGGAACCGCUGGUUUGCCAUGUGGGCCAACCUGCCCAUCGGGUUGCCUUACUCUGCUUCCUUUAAGAAGUACCACAUCGACCACCAUCGGUAUCUUGGUGGGGACCAACUGGAUGUUGACAUCCCCACAGACAUUGAGGGAUGGUUCUUCUGCACCUCGGCCAGGAAGGUCCUCUGGCUCUUCCUCCAACCCUUGUUCUACGCCAUUCGCCCAUUGGUGGUCAAUCCUAAACCAGUGGGUCAGCUGGAGAUCCUAAACGCAGCCGUUCAGCUCACCGUAGACUUCAUUAUCUACUAUCUAUGGGGGCUGAAGCCCAUUGUUUACCUCAUUGCAGGCUCUGUCCUGUGUUUGGGACUGCAUCCUAUCUCUGGACAUUUCAUAGCUGAGCAUUACAUGUUCCUGAAGGGACACGAGACAUAUUCCUACUAUGGAUCACUGAACCUGAUCACCUUCAACGUUGGGUAUCACAUGGAGCACCAUGACUUCCCGAGCAUACCUGGCAGUAAACUACCUCAGGUAAAGCAAAUUGCAGCAGAGUAUUACGACUCGCUGCCCCAACACACUUCCUGGAUUCGGGUGUUGUGGGACUUUGUGUUCGACGACAGCAUUGGCCCAUACGCCAGAAUCAAACGGGAGUACAAGCUAAGCAAGCAGAAAUAGAUCUGUGACUGAUUAUAUUUUCCUUUGAACUGAAAUGUGAAUUUCAGUCGUGAAAUAUGUAUGGACCCCAAUGAACUAUCCUUAUCCUCAUAUUGCAAUUAUAUUCCCUUCCGUAUGGUUGUCACCGUUAGUAAACUGUGUAACAUCUUAAAUAAGUCCUGUACUUGAGAUUCUGAAAGGCAGAUGAAUGUGCGUAUUUUAUUUGCAUACAUUCAAAGUGCAUGAAAAUGGGACGGUAAUUCAAAUGCAGCUAGUUGGUUUCCUUAUCUCACUAUUUAUUCAUGCCUGUAUUCCUGCCAUAAGCUGAUACUGUGAUGACAUUUCCUUCUAUCCAGAAGGCACUGAGAAAGGCAAAAUAAUGAUGAAAAGCUAAUAUUUCAACACAAAUAAAAUCCUCAUUUCCGUAGGCAAAGGUCCCAUACAUUCUCAUGAGGUUUACCAGAAAUGGCACAAACUGCUUUGUUUCCUGCCUACACAUAUUGCUGUACGUUUUCUAAAUUUCUGAAUGUGAGAAUCGAGGCACUGAACGCCUCUCGGAUGACUGAAUACAAUUUCAAAUCUCUCAUACAGAGCAGUGCUGAGGUGGAAAAUAAGCAUUGAAACUUACCUUUCAGUAAGAAGAGCCUUUCUACAGUGACGCCCCAUUCUGCAUGCUCGCAGCUUCAUUGUGCUGUAAACGGUUUGAUUACAUCUACAAAGAGUGGACAAAAUAACUGGAACAUGUUUAUAAUGCAAGAAAAGUAGUUAUUUAGAAAAUGCCAGUUGGAGUCUCAAAAUGUUUGGUGUUUUUUUUUAAACUGUCGCGCUAAAGUAACUCAGUGGUCAUUUCAUGUUGCUCUGCAAGUCUCUCAGUCAGCGUUAGUCUUUUUGUGAACACUGGUCCUACAGCAAAUCAACACUUGAAUUUAAAGACCGUUUUACCAAACUGAUAUUUACUACAGAGCUAUUGUAUUGUAAGUCGUUUCUGUUAUUUUGUCCACCCACUUAACUUGAUCUUAGUGUUGUGAUUGAUAAUCGUGAUCUUUGUUGUUUCUAUUUAAAUGACUGUACUAUAUAUAACAGUAAAAGAUCUUUGUAAGAACAACCUAAUAUAAAGAAUGUGACUUUGUUUUGUGGUUGAUUCUCCUUUCCAUGUAAACUUUCUAGACCACACACACACACACACACACACACACACACACACACACACACACACACAGCAGGAUAAUGUGUAGAUGGUUGACACGUCUAUUGUUUGAAUGAAUUUACUUCCAGCUUUUAAAUUAGAACGUAUUUGAGAGAGGACAGAGUGGAUAGAAUGCAACAACCAAUAUUGAACCAAAUCCUUUCUGCAAAGACACAUUUAGCUACCAUCACAUAGGCCUACCAUUCACUUUCUGCACAUUCUUAUCUGGUAAGAUUUGCACAUUGCCAUAGCAACCCCCCCCCCCACAUUGCUACCAUUAUCAAGUUCAACAUCUCAUAUAUAGAAGGGGGAAUCUUCAUGGAAACAAACCACAUUGAUAAAUGUACCACCGUUUGUAUUUUUUCUUUUUUUCAAAAUCAAAUAAAUUCAUAGAGAUGGGGUUUCAUGCAUACUUGGGAGGUUCACAAAGUAUAGGAUGUAGUACUACAUUGUUUUAUAUCUACGUAAAACCAGGUGGCACAUUUACAGUUAUCGGCCUGUUUUGUGAGGAAUCCCCAAGUUUCAAUGAUCUCGCACAUAUGAACAGGUAGAGACAUGAACCUCGGUCACACUGGAGUUAUACAGACUGUUGUGUGUUAUCUGGUCAAUUGCCAAACAUCAUUUGCUCAUCUGCGAUGCGUUAAUCCUCGGAUCUGGAGGAAAGAGGUAUUUUAAGUAGCUAAUUGUGGCGAAAACAAGAUGUUUUCCAACAUCUCUGGAGAGAAUAGGUUACAAACACAACACCAGUAUGAACAAAGUCAUGAAAAGCCUGUUUUUUUGUUUUGUUUUUUAAAAUAUGCCAGUCGA